CUGGAUGGAAGUGAUGAGAAUGGAUUGUUAACAACGAAAGCAACAACGAGGAAACCUCAGAACAAAACAGAAGGAAACACUGGAGAAAUCGAAUUCCUAUUUCUGAAUUUAUUAUGUAUCAAUAGAUGCUGUUUCUGUGGGAUAUUAAAGUUUUAAAGGACGGUGGAGAAAUAAAAUACAAUUUUGGAUAAACUUCAGCACCACAUUUCAAGCGAAUAAAUCAAUCUUUCAACCUGUGAAAACAAGCCAACAACAAUUAAAUCAUGUCUGAAGUAACCACAACUACGGAUAACAAAGUGAAAAAACCAGUUCAUCGUUCUAGAUCUUGGAAAAAUGAGAAAAGGGGGAAACUCACUUAUGAUUGUCAAAAAAGUAAUAAAGAUUGUGAGAAGAGAUCGAAAAAUUCCAAGUCAGUCACUACAUCACCAUGUCGACCAACUGAUCAAAACUUUUAUAAUAGCCAGAUACACUCAGAUUUUCAUUCUGGUGAUAUCAAGCCAUCCAAUUAUUCUGUAAUGCUUUCCCCUGAAGCAAUCUCUUCCAUGUCAACACUAUGCGCUCAAACUCCAUCCACAUCACCUUCUUGGUGUUUUCACUCCAGUAGUAGUUGUAAGCUGAUGACAGGCAAAAAUAUGGACACGUUGAAAUCUCCGUUUUAUUUAUCACCUACUUCGAAGACAGUCUCACCCACAGUCAACCCACCUGGUGGAUUCUUUACAACAAACAUUCAGAAUAAAUCACAUCAAGAGGAAAACAGUUGUCCAGCAAUGAAUAACACUCAAACAGAUUCAACAGUCUGCCAUGGAAAUCACAGUGGAAGUGGAACUUCAUCAAUUGUGACUAGUUUGAAGGUUGUUUUCAAUCGAUUUUUUGAUAAUAUACGUAGCAAGAAUAACAAUAUUCCCAGUAAUAAUAGUAAUAACACUAACAGUAACAAUAGUAACUGUAAUAGUAAUAACGAUUGUGUUAACGUCACCCUAUCACGAAAACAAAGUAAGCUACACUUACCGUCACUGGUAAAAUCCACAGUCCAACAGUUUAGUUCAAGUUCACAGCCUUCACCAACAUCACCUUCUGCUGUUAGUUCUAUUGUUUGUAAUUCAUCAGUUGAAAUUGAAAUUCAAGGUGAUAAAUGUAAACGACCUGAUUCUUUAUAUAAGACAAAAUCAAAUGUUUAUUCAUCGGAGAAAAUGUCAAGUGGAGAAAUUAAUACAGACGAAAAUAAAUGUGGUAAUAAUAUCUGGGAUAAUACAAAAGAAUCAAAAGAAACUGAACUUCUAGCUCGAACCCUGUAUGCAACAGUAUCUCGUGAGAUUGAAAUUGAAGCUAAAGAAAAGAGACGCAGACAACAACAUUCUUCUGUAGGAGCACGUCCAUCAUCCCACUUCACCUGUUGUUACCAUGUUCGUCCAUAUGAUGAGAGGUCGAAUCAUUCAAAUGCAGAUAGUCCUAAUCAGUCAUAUACCGAAAAGAAGGUAUCACCUGGUUCUUCAUAUCAUACAGACAAGUUAGAAGACGGUAUCAAUAUCCAUAAUAAUGAUAGUAACAGUAAUAAUAACUAUUAUAUACCAAACACAACACCUACUGACCCAAUCCCCAUGAAACAGUCAGUAAAUUCAACAUCACACUUCCAGUGUUCUCAAUCAUUUAACCAUCAUCGUCUACCAGUGAGUCGACCGAAUUCAAACACCUCACCACCGCUUACACUAAGACAAUUAUCCACUGUACGCAGUAGAUAUGAACAAAGUGAAUAUGGUACUGUAGAGAAUGAAACUCCCAGAAAGUUAACUAAAAGUUCCACAAGCAAUCAAUUAGACAAUCUUCUAGAUUCAAAUGAAGUCAAUAAUUGUCUUGGAGAUAAAAUUCCAUCCCUGUCACCGAUAUCAAUAUUAUCAUCGUUAUCAUCAACCAGUGAACGACCAAAAUUCUAUAGUAGUAAUCUGAUUGCACUUCAUAAUCCGAAUAACUAUUAUUAUAAUGAUGGUAUAAGGCUGAAGUAUAUCACAGAACAAGUUGUACUAGAGAAAUCUACUUCACCUUGUGAAAAUAAAGGUAAAAUGCGAUCUUAUUCAUGGUCGAAAUAUUCAAGUAUUAAUAAAGAAUCAGAUCAGUGUGAAAGUACAAGUAAUACGAACAAAGAAGAUGAAUACAAAGAACCUGACAGUGGAAGACCAUCAGACUGUGAAUUCAAUAUACCAUUUGAUGAUAUCAAAUUGGUCGACUGCUUACUAAAAGGUGAACGCAAAGCAAUAUACAAAGGUUAUUGGCACGGUGAAGUUGAUGUACAUAUUUUUGAAAAUUUAAGUCGUUCAGAAAGACGAAGAUUUUGGCAAGAUGUUACACGAUUAAUGAUGACUAGACAUGAAAAUAUUGCUCUGUUUAUGGGUGUUUGUGUUGAACCGCCCAACUUUGCUAUUGUGACUAGUUCAUGUACAGGUGUUUCUCUGUAUACAAAAUUACACAUAAAACGUGAAAAACUGUCACAUUCUGUGCGAUUACAUCUCCUGCGACAGAUUGCAAAUGCGAUCACUUAUCUGCACAGUCGAACUAAUCCAAUUGUUGUACGUCGAUUGUCGAGUAAAAAUAUUUUCUUAAGGCCUAAAAUGAAUUUAUACCUAACUGACUAUUCUACAGAGGAUUGUGACUAUCAAGUGCCUGGAUUUGUUCCAAUCCAACUGGAUGGUAUCAAGUAUAUUGCUCCAGAACUUUUGCUUACAGUUGAAGAAGAUAUUAUAAAGUUAUGCGGAGAGACUUAUGGUUGUUGUGGUGGGGGUGGUGGCAGUACCUCACAAAUGCCAAUCGAAUGGAAUGAUGAUACAGGCGAAACAACACCACCACCAACAACAACAACUCAUCUCUAUCCAGCAGUGAAAUCAGAACAGACAAGUAAACAACCAAUUCUAGGCUAUAUCAUGAAAUUAUCAAAUCCAUCGUCUGAACUGCACAUGACUGAUAAUAACACUGGUACACAGGAUUCAGAGAUAUUUAAAUCAUGGCCUAAUUUAUUGUCGUCAGGGCGAAAUCAUCAAUCAACCAGUCAACUGACUAAAAAGUCUAUUUCAUUGCCAAAUUUAUAUACAACUCGUCAGAAACUAGAGGAUUCACUUAAACUACCGUAUAAAUCAGUUAAAUACAUCUCGCUGCAUAAAGCCAGUUUUAUCAAGGCUAUCCGACAGUUUUGUACAACAUCGAAACAGUAUAAAAUUGUCGUGAAAACUAUUUACAUCCCUGUAACUGAAUUCACUACCUCCACAGAUAUAUUUGCAUUUGGAACUAUUAUAUUCGAAUUGAAUACUCGAUGUUAUCCUUUCGAAGAAUUUGAUAUAUGCGAGUAUAUUCAGUAUCUGCGGGCUGGUGAGAGAGAUGAAGGCGGUGAGCAUUGUAUACCAAGAUCUGUGAAGAAUUUAAUGCAUAACUGUUGGUCAGGUGAUCCAACAAAAAGACCAUCAAUGAAUACUAUUUCACAAGAAUUAGUCAGAAGUCAUAUAUUGUACAAACGUCAAAACUCUGAUCCAGUUCCCAAAAGAUCUACGAGAUAUCCUGUUAAUGGAUUUUGAAUCUAGUGUCAAAUGAAUAUAUUACAAGUGAAAUUUUUUUUAAAAAAAAGCAACAACAGAGGAAUGCUAUACUACAAUAUUAUCCUAUUUAGGAACAAAUGACUUUUUAAAGAAAAUGCGAUUUAUCACAUCCUCCACAAUGUAUAAUAAGUACCCUAGUUGUAUCUACUUUAGUGUUAACAAUAUAUGAUAAACACCUGAUUACUUUCUGUCUUCUCAUUCUAUAUGGACUAGUGAAGAAUUAGGUAAAG